UUGUUGUAUUUUACAUAGCGUGUUUUGGGUGCUAAUAAGCAGAGUAAUAUACGCAUGAACAUUCGAAGUGUUACCUUGCCCGCAAACGUAUGUGUCUACGUAAUAUAACUGCAUUUGAUGUAGUGUAGCUUAGCUCUCCUGCUUUAAUAAGCAACUACUAAAUGGACAUGGAUGUGUUUCAAAUCAACGUGUUUCUCGGGCAUUUCUUUCUCAUCAUUAUCUGCUGACUGAAACUGUUUCUAUUUAUAUUUGGACAUUCCUGCAAACAUCUCUGUGGUUGUGUUCAACAUAGCAACCGAAGAGAACUGCAUUUAUUUUCCAAGUAGAGGAUAAAAGAAAUAUUUGCAGUUUCAUUGUUCUACUAGUUGUCCACAUCCCAUCAAAAUGAGAUUUUAUUACAGAAUACAGAGCACGAGGACACUAAAGCAUGAAGAGAGCUCCAUCUGCUGUAACUGCUACAAGGUUUUGCAUGAUAAAAAUGGCACGGCUACAAAAUACUGCACUGAAGCAGAGAAACUACAGGAAGAAAAUUUUAUCAUGACUAGGCUGAUGUAGCUGAUUGCUAAGAAUAAUCAGAUACAGCCUGUCCUGACUGGGUUCUAAAUGUUUGUUUACCCAAUGGAAUAUUUUGUAAUGCUAACUGACAUUUUGUAGAAAGAAAUAGGGACAGAUGGUGCCUGACUACCCUGACUGACACAUGCAGCUGGGACACUGAAAGGUGAGAGCUUGCUAUGGAGGAUACAUGCACUGAGACAUUUGAUCAAAUGACAGAACAGCAUCAUGUGCUUUAAGAAGGGACAUGUGCAGGUUGCUGUUUCUGAAAAUUCUUGUUUUAUGGGCUUUUAAUUUUAUUCAUAUUUGAUAGAAAAGCACAAAGGGAAGUUUCUACUAUGAGAUCCAUUUCCUCUCAGUAGUAUGGCAAAGCUAUGUUGACAAGAAAAGGGAUACUUCCUGAAGAGUAUGUUAUAGCCCGUCUAGCUGAAGAGGCUUCUGAACGUAGAUAUCGAGCCAAGCAGAGAAAAGCAAGAUUUGUUGCAAAAAAUGGAACUUGCAAUGUUGCCCACAAGAAUAUCAGGGAGCAGGGACGUUUCCUGCUGGACGUUUUCACCACACUCGUGGACUUAAAAUGGCAUUACACCCUUUUAAUUUUUACUAUGUCAUUUUUAUGUAGCUGGCUGCUUUUUGGCAUGAUUUGGUGGCUUAUUGCUUUUGCCCAUGGAGAUCUUGACCAGAAUGAUGAGAGCUUUAUCCCUUGUAUAACCAGUGUACAGUCUUUCACUUCGGCUUUUCUUUUUUCGAUUGAGGUACAGGUGACUAUUGGAUUUGGGGGGAGAAUGAUCACAGAGGAGUGUCCACAAGCUAUUUUGGUGCUGAUAAUACAGAAUAUUGUAGGCCUAGUUGUGAAUGCCAUAAUGCUGGGAUGUAUUUUCAUGAAGACAGCUCAGGCAAAUCGCAGAGCUGAGACCCUUAUUUUCAGUAAACAUGCUGUCAUUUCACUCAGGAAUGGGAAACUGUGUUUUAUGAUACGAGUUGGGGACCUACGAAAAAGUAUGAUCAUUAGUGCUACUAUUCGACUACAAGCAGUGAGGAAAACUACGACCAGUGAAGGGGAAGUAGUUCCUAUUAACCAGGUAGAUAUUCAAAUGGAUAACCCUGUUGGAACCAAUAGCAUUUUCCUCGUGUCACCUCUCAUUAUUAGCCAUACCAUUGAUAAAAGCAGCCCCUUGUAUGAAGUCUCUGCAGCUAGUCUUCAUCACGAAGAUCUGGAAAUCAUUGCCAUUUUGGAAGGGGUGGUGGAAACUACUGGAAUCACUACCCAAGCAAGAACUUCAUACUUACCAGAUGAGAUUCUUUGGGGUCAGCGAUUUUUGCCUGUUGUCUCUGAGGAAGAUAGCAAAUAUUCAGUUGACUAUUCAAAAUUUGGGAAUACAGUUAAAGUUCCCACUCCUGCCUGCAGUGCGAAACAACUGGAUGAAGGAGUAGGGCGAGGGAGUUUACAGACCAAUAACUGGAUGCACAGGCACACAGUGAAAAAAAGGAAUGUGCCAGCAAAAGUCAAACAGAAAACAGAUAGUGCUGCUGUACAGUGAUGACAUACACGUUAUUAGUCAUCUCUGUAAUGGGCUCUGAGGCUAUCUAUUCUGUGCAUAUACAUCAGCAUGUUAAAAGGCUUUUAUAACGCUUCAAAUAUCACAGGGCACUACUAGCACUACUACCAAAAAGACUAAAUGGCUAUAGGACCUCAUAAUUCUCCAACAGAUAGUAAAUAUCACUUUUUACCAGGAAAUGGCUUUGUAAUUUGCAAAAGCAGACACAUUUUAAGUACAGGUGAUGUUAACUACUUCAGUUUUCCUGUGCAUGAUUUUACCUGGUAGUUAAUUACUGGUUAAAAAUAUGUAUAAAUUAUGCAUCCAUUUUAAAUUCUAAAUAGUCUCGCAAGUUUAUAAAUGUACUGGUAAAAAUGAUAGAUGGUUAUUUGCUUUUGUGUUCCUUGUGUUAGCAUUCAGUCAUAACUGGUUUACGGCAAUUUUUAUUCAUGGACAUAAAGUCUAACAUAAACACAUAACAAAUCCUUGGUUAA